AUGCACUUUCUCACCCACCUCACCAUCCUUGGCCUCGGCGUGACGGCCCUCGCUGCACCGCUUAACCAGGAAAAGCGUACUUCACCAGGCUCUGAAGCAGGCUCGAGCGGAUCUUCAGGCUCCGGGAGCGGCAGCUGGGGCAGUAGCGGUAGCGGUGCUGCGGCUGGUGGAGAAUCUGGAUCAGGAUCAGGUCAAGCAGGUGCUACAGGCGCAGGUGCAGGUGGCAUUAUCCCAAUUCCGACUGGCUCAGUCGGUGGCGCAUUAGGAGCUCUCCCGACCGGCAUUCCGAGUGGAGGUCUGGGAGGCCUAGGCGGUGCAGCGGGAGGCAGCUUGUCAGGUGCAGGCGGUCUUGGUGGACUCGGAGGCGGCGCUGGCAAUGAUUCUUCGUCUGGCGCUGGACUCGGCGGCCUAGGUGGAGGUCUUGGUGGCCUUGGUGGCGGCGAAUCUGGUGGUAGUUCCAGCGGUGGAUCGGGGGGUCUAUCGGGUGGAGGUCUAGGCGGGCUCGGCGGUGGCUCGUCUGGUGCCGGACUUGGCGGCCUGUCAGGGGGCGGUUUAGGCGGCCUUGGAGGUUCAGGCGGAGAUUCUAGCGGCUCGUCAGGCGCUGGUCUGGGCGGACUGUCCGGAGAUGGCCUGGGAGGGCUUGGUGGCGGACUCUCAGGCGGCGAUGCAGGCGCGGGGCUUGGAGGUCUCACUGGUAGCGGCUCAGGCGCUGGUCUGGGUGGGUUAUCGGGUUCUGGACUAGGAGGCCUUGGUGGUAGUUCAAGCGGUGGCGAUUCAGGAUCUGGUCUCGGCGGGCUGUCAGGUGGUGAACUGGGAGGCCUCGGUGGUAGCUCAAGCGGAGGCGACUCGGGAUUUGGUCUCGGAGGUUCGUCAGGAGGUGGACUGAGCGGACUAGGAGGUCUCGGCGGCAGCUCGAGCGGUGGCGAUGCCGGAGCUGGACUCGGAGGCUUGUCAGGUAGUGGUCUGAGCGGCCUAGGAGGACUCGGAGGUGGGUCUUCAGGCAGUGGUUUGAGCGGCUUAGGAGGACUCGGGGGAGAUCAAUCCGGCGGCGCUGCAGCAGGUGGCUCGGCGGCUGGCAGUGGUAGUGCCGCGGGCUCCGGCUCCGGCUCCGAUGCUGGUUCUGCUGGGUCUGGAUCCAGCAGCACACCUUGCCCAUCCUCUACAGCCACCGCAGUACCUGCAGCAGCCUCAGCAGUCUCUCCGGCAGCUACUUCAUCUGUCGGCGGAUCUGCAGGCGGAUCUGGUACAUGGCGCCGCGAAGCUUCUGCGAGCGAGUGA